AUGACUGGCAUCUUUGCGCAGCAACCUCUAACACAUCUUCGCCCUGCAUCUCACCAACCAUCCGCUUCCACCAAGGUCACCAACUGGGGCGCACCGCAGUUCGACAUGGAUCCCUUCCAUCACCCACAACCCGCUCAAUACGCACAGCAGCAACAUUCCUCGCCCCUCGCUGGUCCUAGCAACCUCUCCGCUGCUGCUCCUGCUGCUGCUACUUCUUCACCGUCCAGUAGUAAGGGCAACUACCUCCCAGAGCAAAUCUUCUCCUCGUCACCGACGGAACGAAGCCUGUACCCCGCAAGUACCAUAGCAGCGGUCAAUGCUACACGUGCACGAUUCUUCGCGCAACACUCUUCCUCGACCACCUCACGAUCGCGCUCACGUCCCACACCCACUGGUUCCACGACCCGGUCGUACAAACCCCAACCCUUCUCCACAUCCAGCUCCUCAUCGUCUUCGUAUCGAAAAUCCUUCUUUGAACGAUGUCAACGUGCAAUGGAUACAUCACGUUCCUCCGCGAGAAAGCAGCAAAUAGACGGGUUUAGAAAGGGAAUCCAUGGUGGGAAUCGGGAACUGUUCAGCGAUGAAAUGGAUCAAGAUGACGAUGAUCUCUCCAGUCCUCCCCCCAGUUCACCACCGGAAGAAGACGAAGAGUUGACGAGAAGACAGGUUAUCGCAGAGUAUGCUAGGUUGAAGCGCGUCUACGAGGCAAAAGGUCAUGCGGAGAUCGGCUGGUUGGAUCCGGAUCAGCUGGAGUGGUUGGAGAGAGAGAUGCAGGGCAGAGAAGAGGAGGAAGUGGUGGAUCCCUACUGGGAUGCAACGGAUGACGUGCUGGAGGAGUUGUGGAGGGAGUCCAUGCAGAGCAGUCAGUAUGCAGCAGAGGAGCAGGAGGAUGUGGGGAUGCCGGACGAGUUUGAUGACGAGGAUGAGGCGUUUGAGGAGGCGCUAGCCAUGUUGCCGGUGUGA